AUGCCACCGGCGUUGGACAGGCUUCUCGCCAGGCCCUCGGCGCUGCGCCUCCUCCGCGCUCUAGCCGAUUCAGAUGCACAAUCCUCCUGCGCGCUGUGCGAUGGCUUCCAUAGCCGCAAACACCGGCGUGCGUAUGGGAGAAGGCACGUAUCCGCCGUUGCACCGUUAAGAGAUAACUCGGACGCUGCGACUCACGAAGAGAGCCCUCGCCCUCCAUUAGUUCGUCGUUUGAACGUCGGCAAAGCCUCGACAUGGGAUAAGCUGCGCCUACAAUCAGACGUUAGGGUCCCCAAGCCGGGGAGCACGCUGCUUGUCGACCAGCCGAAACGGCGCGAAAACUAUGAGCUUUGGGUCGUGUUGCUGCAGUUCCGGCAGCGUAUACACGGAGACGACGGGGUACAUGAUAUCUGGGAUGGUCUCAGAGCGCGGAAGAUUGAUCUGCCUACGGAUGGGACCAAUGCUGAUGUUCUCUGGGGGGCAUUCCUCAAUCAUUCACGACUCAAGGUCCCAAUAAUCGAAUAUGCCGCCGACCUGCGUCAGCGCAAGGGUCGAGUGUACGGACCGCUUUACACGACGGUCGUUGGCCAAGCCCUCAGAUCGAACCCCGAAAACGCUUUUGCAUGGCAUAAGCGGUUGGCUACUGCUGACUUAGUCGAACCUGGGGCACUGCGAAAAGUAGCCGAAGCAGCUACACACAGUAGAGCCUCUUUAAAAGCUUUUCGACUCAUUUAUCUCGAGAGCAAAGAUCGAAACGUCUACGAUACCUUGAUUUCCGCGCUCUGUCAGCGUGAGCAGUACGACGCUGCUAUAAGGUGGCAUCAGUUUCUUAUUCGCAACAACGAUCGUCCCAGCAAAGCACUAGGGACAGAGCAUUCGCCCAGCAGCAACAGGAGCGGAGACAAAUCUUUCCAGGAGGGGCAUAACGCACAACUAGAAUCGCAUCCCACCGCUAGUAUUGGACCUCCUAAAGACGACCAGGGCGCUUCGACUGGCCGAUUCUCGCGCGAGAUGAUGAACAGGCUCCUAGGGAUAGCUCACGCUGUAGCGCCUAAACAGAUCGAUGAUGCGCUUUGCGCCCGAUUGUUUGCUACGACAGCUUUCCCAGUCGAAGCGGUCAUUAGUGGAUUAAGAAUGUUCGGCAUUGAAGCCCUAGGCCCUCUAGCGCUGCGGGAACUAGCUGCGCGAGUCGACAACCCGUAUACUAUAGUGCAGAAGAUCGAGCACUUGAAGCGGGCUGGCAUUUCGAUUGGACAAACGGUCUUCUCUAGAGCCGUUUACAAAUUUGCACAAGAGGGUCGGGCAGAUAUGCUGAGCGAUCUCCUUGUAACUGACCAACACCCGGAUGUCCUGGAGGACCGAGCGAAGCAGAAGGAGCUUCUCUCUUCGUAUCUAGCUGCAGAAGAUUGGCAACAGGUCCAUCGUACCCUUGCAAUCCUUACGAUUUUCCAUGCGGAUCCCCAAACCGAGUCCUGGAACAUCCUACUGCGCAGCUACAGCCGACGUCAGGAACUAGCGAAGCUCAACAGCAUCCUUGAAGAUAUGCGUAUAAAUAGGAUUCAGAUAACUGAACACUCGCUCAACAGUCUUCAUCACCACACGCUUAGACUCCGCAGCCGGAGUAAACGUCCAACUACGAAGUGGGUACACUCUUUCGACGAUCUUCGCCUUAUGACAAACAUAUGGCGCAGCAUCCUUGAAUCAGACGGCGAGCUUCCCCCCUGGCGCUGGCGCGAAAUUCUUCGCCGCUUUGGGAUGACCGGACGCCUCAGCGAGUUACGGUCCCUGAUGUUGUGGCUCGCCGCAUGGUACUCGCCCGCCACUGCCGUUGCGAUGCGAUCCAAAUACGCCCGCACUGCUGCCUUACCUCCUGCCGGAGCGGAGAAGCCAAGCCGCUCCGCCAGCGACUUUAUCAACCAUCCCGUGUUCCCCGUCGAUGCCUCCCUACUUCCAACCAGCCACCCCAACCAUCCUCUUCGCCAGAUCUUCCGACCCGUCCUGCAGUCCGCGAUCGUAGAAUGGGGGUUCAAAACGCUAGCCCUCCAGCCUCCCGCCGGCACCAAAUCCGAGAAAUCUAGCACGCCGGCACCAGCCCACCACUGGUACUUCGGCCUCCGCUCCCUCCAGCUCCUGCGCGAACGCGGCGUCCACGUCGACCCGUCCACCGUCCGCAAAGCCGUCCAGCUGCGCCUGUGGAUCCUCUACGGGCCGGGCCGAUCAAACCGGCUGGCCAACCGCGUGGCGCGCCAGCGGAACCCGUACACGCUGGAGCAGUUCGUGGGGCUUGUGAACGAGUUCUGGGGCGGUGAGGAGGCGCUGCUGAAUGUGCCAAAGGAGCUGCUGGAGGGGCCGGUGAGGGGGGAGAGGAGGCUGGAGUUGUUUGUGUGCUUGUUCGGGAGGAAGCCGUGGUGGGAUAGGAGGAGGGGGAUGAAGGUUGAUUUGGGGGCUAGGCUAGAGCUGAUGAGGAGGGGGAGACAGAGGAGAGAGGACAGGGGGGGCAACGAACAUAAGGGGAACGGUGCUGAGACCCUGGCUGAAGGAGUCAAUGUAUAG